GACAACUCCUUUUGGUCCCUAUGGAGGUCUCUUGCUCUCCUUUUGGCGUCAGGAGAAUCCGGAAGAGACUCCUCAGCGCUUGGAACAGCUCGGGGCUGGCACUGGAGCAGCAGAUAUUGAAUAUGAACAAUUCUUGAAAGCGAAGGAGGUGCAGAGGGCCAUGUUCCAGGCAGAGAACAAGACCAUUGUGCACCAAUGUGCUGACACCGACAUCAUCGAAGCCACUGCGGGAUCUGUGGCAUGUAUCGAUGGGAACCAGGCCGCAGCUCACGUUGCCUAUGCCCUCAGUGACUGCGCCUUCAUUUAUCCCAUCACGCCCAGUUCCCCCAUGGGAGAGAUGGUGGAUGAGUGGUCCGCACAAGGCCUCAUCAACUGCUACGGCCAGAAGCUGAGCGUCACCGAGAUGCAGAGUGAAGCUGGUGCCGCUGGCGCCUUGCACGGUGCCUUGAAGGCAGGCGCCUUCAGCACCACCUUCACCGCCAGUCAGGGCUUGCUGUUGAUGAUCCCGAACAUGUACAAGAUUGCGGGUGAGUUGCUCCCUUGCGUCAUGCACGUGGCUGCUCGUGCGUUGGCAGGACAGGCGCUGUCCAUCUUUGGAGAUCACAGUGAUGUCAUGGCUUGCCGUUCAACGGGCUGGGCGCAGUUGGCUUCAGAAUCUGUGGAGAUGGCACAGGUCAAUGCCAUUGUGGCCCACCUUGUUUCAAUGGAACGCCGAGUUCCCGUGCAGCACUUCUUUGAUGGUUUCCGAACCAGUCAUGAGGGCACUUCGCAAGGUCCCGAUAUUUACUUCCAGUGCGUGGAAGCUGGGAACACUUUCUACGAUGGCUUGGCCGAUCUUUUUGAAGAAAAGGGGAAGCUGGUUCAAGAGAAGACGGGCUUGCACUUCGCCCUCUACGCCUAUGAAGGCCACCCCGAGGCAAAGCACGUGAUUGUGGUCAUGGGAAGUGCGGCUGUGACUUGUGGAGAGACGGCCAGCUACCUGACCAAGAAGGGGCAGAAAGUGGGCGUCUUGAAGGUGCGUCUCUUCCGACCUUGGGACAGUUCCCGCUUCCUGGCGGCUCUGCCGAAGACCACGGAGCGCAUCUGCGUUCUGGACCGCACCAAGGAGCAGGGCUCGCAAGGUGAGCCAUUGCUGCUUGAGGUUGCCUCCAUGUUGCAUGCCAGUGCUCACUCCGAGAUGGUGGUCAUUGGAGGCCGCUAUGGGCUUGGCUCCAAGGAGUUCACUCCGAACAUUGUGCUGUCCAUCUAUGAAAAUCUCGCCAAGGAGAGCCCCAAACCACGCUUCACUGUGGGCAUCGACGAUGACGUGACCUUCCUGUCGUUGCCAGUGGGCCCAUGGCUCAAUGUGCUUCCAGAAGGCACCACUGAGUGUAUGUUCUAUGGACUCGGAAGUGACGGAACCGUGGGUGCCAACAAGAGCGCGGUGAAGAUGAUUGCGAUGGGUACGGAGCUACAUGCUCAGGCCUACUUCGAGUACGAUGCCAAGAAGAGUGGCGGCGUGACCAUCAGCCACUUGCGCUUUGGUCCCAAGCCCAUCCAUGCGCCCUACAAUGUGCGCGCAGCCGAUUACUUGGCCAUCCACAAGCCAAGCUAUGUGCACAGCUACGACAUGACACGCUACUUGAAGCAGAACGCCGUGUGCGUCAUCAACUGCUCCUGGGACAAGGGCGAGUUGGAGAAGCAGCUGCCACCCAAGAUGCGCAAGGAUUUGGCCGAAAAGCAGGCCAAGCUGUUCAUCAUUGAUGCGACCAAGAUUGCUGUGAAGGCGCUGGAACACUUGUUGCAUGAGGUGAUCGGGGACCCGAUGGACGAUUCGAGGAUUUUGGCCGCGCUUCCCCCUUCGAUCAUCCAAGCCGCCAUCGAGACGACGGUUUUGGACAGCGGCGACCCCAUCUCCUUGGUGCAGGCCGCGCAGUUGGGGUUGGUCUACAGACUGGCGAAGCGGAAACAACAUGUGGACGCUGGCCUGGACUUGACGUUUUGGAUCGACCCAGAUCCUUGGGGUACACCUACGGGAGCACCCGCACAACAAGCGGCGGACACCGUGAACCAGACGAAGGCUCCCGAGAGGAAACUGAAGUUUGCCAGCAUCCUGGAUCAGGCAGACGAGUCAGAAUUCAUGGUGGCGAGCGAGAUGCAGAAGCAGGUAUGGUUGCAGACGUAUGUCAACCUGACAGGCGACCUACCCAUGGAGCAGGAGGAGCCCACGACGGAGCAACUAUCGGCAUUGCACAGAAGGCUGACUUCGAAGCAGUGCCCCUAUGCCGACUUUGCAGUCUUCCUCCCCUUUGGAAGGAAGGCGCAUCGGGCUCAGAAAUACAGGACCUACGUCAUGACACCGAAUGGCUUCUACACGAAGGAAUUGCUGGGGCCCAGUGGCAUAGACCAGUGGCGAGCUUCGUUCAGGGUCUAUCGCACUGCGCUGCUGAUGCUGCAGGCCAUCACAAUGUCGACAGCAGUGGCGUACGAGGCCUUCAUAGAAAAGAUGGACCGCCUGUACAAGGGCUGCUGGCACCUCAUCGUGCAGGCCGACGAGUUGGCGAGGUCGGAGCACAUGCUCAGACUGAAGGUGUCAACAGAGAUGGACAUCUCCAUGGGCGGGAAGGUGCCAGCGAUGUGGAACGCGGACAAUCCUUGGGAGGCCCUGUUCAGGAGGCUUCUCAAGGAUUCUGACUUCUGGGCCGAGCAGGUUCAUCUGCCAGCCAAUGCAUGGUUGGCGCAUGGCUCGAAGGGCAAGCUCCUCACACCGUCAGAGGCCAUUGCGGAGUCCAGCAUUCAAGGGGGCUCUGCGGUGCUGAAGCCAGACGUGGAGGGGACGAGGAACACCCAAGAGCCAUGGAAGAAGUCGGCAAACGCCAGACGAAAGGAAGCAAAGAAAAGAAAAUGGCAAGAAGCGGAGGAGAAGAACACCGGCACGAAGGGAAAAGGGAAACGUCGUAAGAGAGCACAGAUGCACGGCCUGCGGCUCACCUGGACACCCUUCACAUCAAUGCUCACAGAAAGAAGGCUGAUCGUGGAGCUCAAGAUGGAUUGGAGGAAGUUUGAACGACGCCACGGCAGGACACAGGACGGCUUUCAUGUGCCCUGCUUCGCAUGGGGGACAUCCAGAUCCAGGGGAAGGGAAGACAAGGCCGACGAGAAGAAGGACGACGAGAAGAAGGAAGACAAGCAGAGCCCACAGAAGAGACGCCGAACGACCAAGGACCCAGACAAUGAUGACGAGCCCAAAGCUGAGUUCAACGGCAAGCUCAUGACUGUGGACCUCUACACAAUGAAACGGAGGUUCAACUUCCUUCACAUGUACGCGGGCAAGAAGGACCCUUUGGGAGAAGCCAUCAAGAGACAGGCAAAAGCCCACAGGAUGAAGGUAACAGUCAUCUCUUGCGAGAAAGAAAACGGCGUCGACCUCCUAGCCGAAGAACCUUACCUGGAGUUCUUGAACAAGGCGAAGGAAGGCUUUUGGGAUGGGAUGCAUUCAGGAUUUCCAUGUACUUCCUUCUCGAGAUUGCGGUGGCGGGAGGCGAAGGGUUAUCCUGGACCUGUUCGGUCGAAGAAGCAUCCCUAUGGAAUACCAGGUCUUCCAAAACAUCGGCAGCAAGAAGCUGACGAAGGGACAUUGCAUGCGUCGAGAUCGGCGCACAUGGCUGAUCGGAUCAUCUCCUCCAGGCCAGUAGAUAGAUUGAGGCCCUUCGCAACUCUUGAAAAUCCUCCCCCAACUGACCACGGCGAACACCUGUCAGCGUGGGAGUUGCCGGAGGUUGCAAACCUGUUCGUGAAGUAUGAACAAGACUUCAUCCUGGCGGAGUUCCCCACCUGCAUCUACCAGCCCCACCUGGACUUUGGGCUGAGGACGUUCAAGCCCCAGAUGUUUGGAGGGACGUUACCGGGCCUUUCUUUGUUGAGAGGCAAGUGCAGGUGUGGUGACGAACCUCAUGUGCCGGUGGUGGGAAAGGAGCGAUCGGCGGCCUCGGGGGAAUAUCCUGAGGACCUGUGCAACGUUUAUGCCAGGCUGGUCAUCAGGCAAUUUCAGAGGAUGGCCAAAGCGGAGUUCUUCACCAAGAGACAGGAGGACCUUAGAAAGGAGGUGGAUGAACUCAAGAAAAGAACAGAGGUGCACACGAGGGGAAGAUCGAGGUCAGCACGAAGGGAGAAGAGAAAGGAAGAAGAUCCUGAUGGAGUGACCAAAGAGGAGGACACAAUCAGGACGACUGCUUCAUCAAAGUCGAAAAGCAAAGCCAAGAUCAAGCAGGACGCGGACGAGUACGAGUACACGUACGAGUACGAGUCCUCCGAGGAGGUGAAGGCAGCUGAGGGAGAGAAAAUCAAAAGCGAGCUCUCCCCCAAGGGUGCCAAGAAGGUUAAAGCUGAGAGAGACAGAGACUGGAAAGGAGGAACGGGAAAGUUUGGGAUGCUAGGUGAAUCCAAAGCCAAAAGGGAAGACCCCAGAAACCUGAACUUCCUGGGGGGCAUGCGCAACCCAGCCGAAGUGGUGGAAGGUAUGCCCAAUGCCUUGAGUUUGGGUUUGAGGAUCUUCGCGGCAUGGGAGCGAUUCAUCAAGUCGAACCCAUCGACGUUGGAGACAGCCGCCGCCUACGGCACGGAGGCCUGCGACCUCGAUGAGAAGGCUCUGGAUAGAUGGCGAGCCGAGCUGCGAAAGGCGGUGGGAGCUAAGGGGAAGAUGAAGGCACAAUUGAAGUCGAAGUGGACCUUCACAUCGCCCAUCCAUGGCGACAUCCUCGAAGCCUGGACCUCGAAGGCGGCGGACCCCGACACCGAAGUGGCCAAGUGGGAACAGGAAUCCAUGGUUGACGCGGCGAUGCAGAUGGCCAGGGGAGCCCUGGUAAACUACACGUCGGUGAUGGAGAACAAGGAGGACACGAAGGUAGAAGUGGAUAGACUGGAGCGGCUGGGCUUCUUGAAGAAGAUCGAUGGUAAGACAGUAAGGGAUGAAUUCUCCCAGGGCACCAUCUCAAAGUUGGCGAUUAUCAUCAAGGAGAGGCCCGACAAAACCAAGAAACGGAGGCUGAUAAUCGACUUGAGAAGGUCGGGAGGAAAUUCCAAAGCCCGACUUGAAGAAAGGCUGGUGCUUCCGAGGGCGAUGGAUGCGGUGGCCAUGAUGCGCACCAUGUCAAAAUUGCAAGAGGCGCCCUCAGCCGCAGAACAAAGGGAGAUGUGGAAGAGGGAGAUGGUGCUGAUCGACGUCGCAGAUGCCUUCCCUCACCUGGCAGUGCACCAUCAGGAGCUCGAGCACUGCGUCACCCCGGGCCUUCACGAAGGGGAGUUCUUCCUGUUCAGGGCUCUGCUCUUUGGCUACAAGACCGCACCCUUGCUGUGGUCCCGGGUUGCCGCUUGGUUGGGACGAAUGAUACAAGCGUGCGUGCCAUUGCACGAGGGAAGGCACCAGAUCUACCUGGACGACUCCUUGUGGCUCCUGCAGGGAACGCUACAGAGGAGGACCGAAGUCCUGGCCUUUGUGCUCUACACGAUGGCAGCUUUGGGAUUCAACCUCUCUAUCAGGAAGGGAGAGAGAAGAUCAAGGGUGACCUGGUCAGGAAUUGAGUUCCACCUGGGCGACAACCACGUGUUGCUGACCUUGCCGGAGAAGUUCAUCAACGACCUCCAGGAGAAAGUGAAGGCGUGGGAUUCCAAAGGAAUGGCUUCUCUUAAGGAGUUGAGAGCCAUCUGUGGGAAGCUCUCGUGGUUGGCAGGGGUACUGCCCAGGACCCGCUGGAUGCUCCGUGUGUUCUACGCGGUAUUAGCGGGAAGAGAAGCCGAAGUGAAACAGGGCUUGGAAGAGAGCAGGAGGAAAGCCCGCGAGGACACCAGGUCCAAAGAACACUUGUUUGUGGUCAAGCGUUUGGAAGGGGCAAGGCAAGCGUUGAUUGAAUACCUCAACGUGACGAAGGAGAGGCCGACAAGGAAGAUCUCUUUGACAACAAGAGACAAGGCAAAGGUGACCAUCACGACGGACGCGUCACCCGAAGGGUUAGGAGCCGUCCUGAUCGUGAACUCCCAGGUCAUCGACGCCAUUUCAUCCCCAGUGACAGAACAGGAUGCGAAGGACCUGGGGUUUGAAUUAGGGUCCUCCGCGUCUCAAGGAAUCGUGGAAGCCCUCGCAAUGGUGGUGGCCCUGCACACCUGGGGAAACAAAAUGGCGGGCAUGGCGGUGGAGCUGACCAUACAGGCCGACUCAGUGACGGCGCUAGCAAUGGCGCAGAAGCAGUCAGCAGCCUCCCCAGCCAUCAACUUCCUGGGAGCGACCUUGGGCAUCCUGCUGGAAAAGGCCAAGGUGGAGGAGAUGAAACUCGUGCACAUCCCAGGAGCGGCUAACAAGACCGCCGACUACCUGAGCAGACCUUCAAAAUGGAAGGGGACCCCCAGGCCGCCGGAACUUGGUGAUGUAAAGGUGACCGAGGUGGGGCCUAGGGGUCAAGAUUUCUAUCAGUUGGCACCACCUGGACGCAAACCGGACUUGUGGGGAGCCUCUGAAGGCGAGGAAGGUCUCGGACCCUGGCCUCGCAAUCCAAUGGCUAGCCCUGACGGGCCUGGCGGUGCACCUGUGGGCCUUGGGAUGGGGCUUAUGGGCUUGCUGCAGGCGAAGAGAGGUGUGUCCUUUCGCCCCAUCAACGAGGGUGGAGGCGGGACGAAUGUGGGCCUGGAGGCAACAACACCCGCGAGCUCCCUCACCUCCUUGCUACGAAGGCCCGCGGCGGCGCCAGAGCGGUGGUCAGGGUCUGGCGGGCCUGAUACGUUGGCAAGACCCAGCACCAGACAACGUGGUCGUGAAGGGCAAGAAGGGCUCGAAGGGACAGAAGGGAGCAGGCCGUUAAAACGACCAAAAUCCUUUGCUGAACUACGAAACAAGGGCUCCACCAACAACAGCAAUGCUACGUUCGGCAGACUCAAGAGGGAAUCGUUCACCGUGACCUAUCCCGAGGAAGAAGAUCCAGCAUUCCCUCUUGCCGGCGGUGACGAAGGUUUGUGGCCCAGCCCGUUCAAGGACCUGGAAUUCGAAGCAGGGGGCCUUCCUGUGGCUUCGGAUAGCGGGAGAACUUCAGAAUCAGCAUUUAGCUCCAUGGUCAAGAUGGCAAACGACACCGCGGCAAAAGCAAAGGAGAAGCUUGCAGCAGUGGUGGAGUUCUGGAGUCCGAAAAGGGCGAAGCAUGCAGACCCCCAUCUACCCGAAGGUUUGUGGAACGACAACAACGAGCACCAACUUGAAAGGUGCCCAUUGGGAGCCUCCGGCAAAGUGCAGGGGAAGGACCGCAAGUCCAAGAAACAAAAGGCGGCCAACAUACUUGCCAUCGCCCGGAGGGCCUCGAUGUCGAGAUCCACUACCACGGCCCUUGAAAGGGACUUUGCGUCGGUCACGUCCGUGAAGAGCAAGAAGGCCAUCAGGAACACCGUCAACAGCGUCUUCAAGGAAGCGAGAGGUUCCUCCGGAUUGCCCCCAACACCAGACAAAAUCAAGCUGCUGGGGGGAAUUUUGAAAGCGGCAGGCUACCGGGCCGCGGGAAACUACUUGGGGGAAUACAAGCUGAUGGCGAUCGAAGGGGGUCACAGUUGGCCAGAUCAAUUGGAAAGAACCCUGAAGCUCACGAAGAGAUCGUCAGCGAGAGCCGUCGGCCCCAAAAAGAAAGCGGCCGAGGUGGAGACAUGCGAGGCGGGCGAGAAUUUCGCAGUGAAAGUCUCCACAAGAGUGCCCAAGCAGGUCCCUUUGGCGGCGGAGCUCUUUGAGUUUGGAGUCAUCUGGAUGCUCAGGGAAGUCGAACUAGCCGCCAUCAAAAAGGACCACAUCCUCCUUGACUUCCAAAACAAGAAGGUUACUUUCACCCUGCCCGUUUCGAAGGGAGACCAAGAAGCAUUACAAGUCAAGAGAGUACUCCAAUGCCUUUGUGGGAGGAACAUUUGCUUUAUGAGCUGCCCCUUCUACACGUCGGUGAGGCUACUGGAUCGCAUGAGGGCUUUGGGGUUGAGCCGAGCGUGCAUGAACAAGAAAGCAAAGCUCGCUUCCAAAGCACAACUGGUCGACGACUGGAGGCUCUUGUACGGCACGAUGGUUUCGGGACACUCAGCUAGAAGAACCGGGGCCCUGAGGUACAUUAGACAGGGCUGGGCGAUAGCACAAGUGGCAUACCUGGGCAGAUGGAAAUCGUCUGUCAUCUACGAGUACGCGGCAGAAGCCCUGGAAUCGCUCCCCGUGAACGUUGGCGAGACGUUCGGAGCCAAAAGGGAACUGACUGAUGCAGGGCCCACGACCAGCAGCUUUGUGGGGGUGUCGAAGGAAGAAAUCGAAGGGAUCAAGAACUAUCUGCUCGCAGAGCUGGAGGCGGCGAAGGUAAACCAGGAGCAAGCAUUGCAAAACCUGGACAAGGAAGUGGACGAACUUCGGGCCAGGGACAUCAGACUGGGGAACAAACUGCCCCCAGCAGUGCAAUCCUUGCCAAGCAAGGUCGUCCACUACAACAUGGACAUCGCAAGUUGCAGCCCACCGAGAGCUUGGAGGACGGUGUGCGGAUGGCACUAUCACCGUUCCGAUUUUGUCUUCGUCACGAAGGUGGCGGGACUUGGAAAGCGCAUCAACAUGAUCAUGCAGACCGUCUUUUUCAAGCUCAGCCAAGUUCUCAGUGCAGUGAUGCCUUAUGAAGAGGCGGUGGAGAUGUUGAAGAAGAGCAUCAAGAAGAUGUAUGGCAAGAAGGGUGACAAGGUGGUGAAGAUGAACAUCGACGGCGUGGAUGCCUCCAUUGAGGGCAUCGUGCAGUGCGACGUGCCCAGUUCUUGGGCCUCACUGAAGGUGGACAGUGAGGCGACAGAUACCAAGAAGCAGAAGGUGGCCUAUGGCAAGGGGCCAAGGAUGUUCCCGGAGGUGCAAGAUGCGGACCAGUUUGCCAAACAAGUCCAGGCGCCCUGCAACAACCUCGAUGGCAACGCACUGCCAGUGAGUGCCUUCGUGCCCGGUGGGCGAGUGCCAUGCGGUACAAGUCAGUACGAGAAACGUGGUAUUGCCAUCAACGUGCCCAAGGUUGACAUGGACAAGUGCACUCAGUGCAACAAGUGCAGUCUCAUCUGCCCCCAUGCGGCAGUGCGACCAUUCCUGGCCACCGGACAAGAGCUCGCAAAGGCACCAGCAGCUUUCAAGGAUGGCAGCCGUUCCGCAAUCGGAGGUGGUGUCUUGGACAACUACCAGUACCGCAUCCAGGUCUCCCCAUGGGAUUGCACAGGCUGUGAAUUGUGUGUCCGCAUUUGCCCUGCUGAUGCAUUGACGUUGGGACCUGCAGAGAAGGUCAUUCAGGAAGAGGAAACCAAUUGGAACUUCGCAGUGACCCUCCCAGAUCGUGGUGAUGAGAUUGACAAGACCACCGUGAAGGGCUCCCAGUUCCAGAAGCCGUAUCUCGAGUUCAGCGGCGCCUGUGAAGGAUGUGGUGAGACUCCUCAUGUGAAGCUCAUGACUCAGCUUUUUGGUGAUCGACUCGUCAUCGCCAACGCGACAGGCUGCUCCUCCAUCUGGGGUGGCUCCAAUCCGUCCUUCCCCUACACGACCAACACCAAGGGCGAGGGCCCUGCUUGGGCCAACUCGCUCUUCGAAGACAAUGCCGAGUUCGGCUUCGGCAUGCGCAAGGCGUUCAAACAGCGUCGCGACUACCUGGCCCUCCAAGUGGAGGACGCUCUGAACGACGAAGCCGUGAAGAUGUCCGAGGAACUGCGGGCGGCCUUGAAGCAGUUCUCGCUGAUGCGCAAGGAGCAGAUGCACGAUUUGUUGCUGCCCAAGGGUCGCAGCCUCUACCACAGCAUCAUGGAGAAACUCGUGCCGCUGCUGGAGAAGGAGAAGGGUGUCCAUCCCAAGAUCCAGAAACUCUACGAGUUGGAAGACAUGUUCGGCCGCAGCAGCUUCUGGAUUGUUGGCGGAGACGGCUGGGCCUACGACAUCGGCUAUGGUGGCUUGGACCACGUCAUUGCCAGUGAGGAACAUGUGAACAUCUUGGUGCUUGACACCGAGAUGUACAGCAACACUGGUGGACAGGCAUCCAAAGCAACACCAAAGGGAGCCAUGGCAAAGUUCGCUGAGGGUGGAAAGCUGACGCAGAAGAAGGACAUGGGACAGUUGGCCAUGACCUACAAGAACGUCUACGUGGCCAGCAUUUGCGUUCAUGUCAACCCACAGCAAGCAGUCCGCGCUAUGAUUGAGGCUGAUGCCUAUCCGGGACCAAGCAUCAUCCUUGCAUACAGCCCAUGCAUCAGUCAAGGUUUCCCCAUGGCCGAGUCCAUUCAGCACUGCCAGAUGGCAGUGGACAGCGGCUACUGGCCUCUUUACCGAUACAACCCGGAGUUGUCAGCGCAGGGCAACAAUCCGUUCCAGCUCGAUAGCCGCAAGAUCAAGGGCGAUCUGUUCAAGUUCCUUGCCAAGGAGAACCGGUUUGCAGCCGUGAUGCGUCGCGAUCCAAAACAUGCAGAAGAGCUGGACAACAAGCUGCAAGAGAACGUCGUUCAGAAGAACCAUUUGCUUCAGGUUUUGAACAAAGAGGACUUGGAGGGCCAAUUCAGCAAGCUGGUGGAAGGCCUUUCAGAUGCCAAGAGCUCUGGAGAUUCCAUCACUGUGUUGUACGGCAGUGAGAGUGGCAAUGCCGAGGAGCAGGCUAAAAAUCUGAUGCAAGAUUUGAUUGCUCGUGGUUUGAAGGCGACGGUGAGCUCGCUGGAUGACUUUGAAUUUGAGGAGCUGCCCAAUCAGAAGAUCAUGAUUUUGGUCGUCUCCACCUGUGGAUUGGGAGAGUACCCAGCCAACUGCAAGCAGACUUGGCUGAAGCUGCAGUCGGCAGACUUGCCAAUGUCUUGGCUGUCAGGUGUGAAGUUCUGCGUCUUUGGCUUGGGCGACUCAACCUACAGCCAGUUCUGUGUGGCUGCAGCAGGCUUUGAUACGCGCUUGGGUGAGCUUGGUGGUCAGCGCAUGCUCAAGCGCGGUGUGGGAGACGACCGUGACGAGGAUCGCUACUACACUGGAUGGGAAGCCUGGUUGCCAGAGCUUUGGAAGGUCCUCGGAGCCCCAGCCCUGCCACUGAGCCAGGACAUUCCAGCCCCAUCCUACAGAGUUGAUGCCUCUCCAGGUACUCUGGGAAAGCCACCUGUAAGUGACGACGACAUCAUCCCACCUGGUGCCAACCGACUCACUUUGCUCACGAACAACGUGCUGACUGGUGAUGCCAAGUAUGAUCGAGACAUUCGUCACUAUGAAUUUAAGAUCGAGGGCACCAACGUAUCUUACAAGACUGGUGAAAGUCUGGCCAUCUGGCCGCGCAACCCAGAGGACAAGGUCUUGGAAUUCUGUCAAAUGAUGGGCUUUGACCCUGCGCAGAACCUGAGAGUCCUUCCUUUGGACGGAGCCCGCAACUGGUGCCCUACAGAGCUGAGUGUGCGACAGCUUUUCUCCCAUGUGCUUGAUAUUUUCGGAAAGCCGAACCGAAAGUUCUACCAGACUCUUGCACUCUUUGCAAAGGACGAGGGAGAAAAGAAGCAGCUGCAAAGCAUUGUCGAGAAUAGCAAGGAGGGAGCCGCCCUCUAUCGCGACCUGACCCAAGACUUCUAUCACCAUGCAGAUGUGCUCAAGAAGUUCCCAAGCGCCCGACCUCCCAUCGAGCACUUGUUGCAGAUGAUGCCGGUGUUGAAACCCAGGAGCUACUCCAUUGCCAGCUCUCCUUUGAUGCAUCCGGACAAGAUCCAGCUCUGCGUGGUGCUGGUUGACUGGACAGUGGAGACCACCAAGGAGCUUCGAUUGGGUGAAUGCACAGGCUACAUGCGACAGCAGAAGCCCGGAGCGCAGAUCAUGUGCGCAGUUCGCUCCAGUGCCAUUGUAUUGCCAAAGGAGCCUGAAAAGCCGGUGAUUAUGGCUGGCAUGGGUACUGGUUUGGCUCCAUGGCGGGCAGUCACCCAGGAGCGCGUGAUGCAAGCGAGACAGGGCAUCAAAGUUGGCAAGUGCAUGCUCUUCUUUGGAGCCCGAUACAAGCAGGCUGGCCCGGAUGUGGCCGAGAGGAUGCUGAACCAGGGAGGCCACUUCUACGUCUGCGGCUCUGCGCGACAAGUGCCGGAAGAUAUCUACACGGCGAUGAAGGAGGUCAUGAUGGCCAACCAAAGAUGUGGCGAGGAAGACGCGGAAGCGAUCCUGUCGAAUUUGAAGAUGGAGGGACGUUUCAUGGCCUUGUGGGCUGACGUGGCGUCCAAUGGAUGCCAGGGGCUACACCGUGGAGGCUUGGUCGUGAGAAAGUUUGACUGGCUCACAGGGGUCUCUGUCCAUUUCGCCUAUAGCUUCCGCGGUGCCGGCGCACGAGACGUGAUAUUUCGUGAUGGCUCUCCGCGGACCAGCCCUUUUGGCCCAUACGGCGGUCUAUGCCUUCAGUUCCUGAUGCGCGGUCAGGAGCGUCAGGAGGAGACCGUGGAACGUUUGGAGCCACUUGGAGCAGGGUCUGGUGCUGCUGACAUCGAGUACGAGCAGUUCAUGAAGGCCAAGGAGGUUCAGAGGGCCAUGUUCCAGGCAGAGAACAAGACCAUUGUGCACCAAUGUGCCGACACCGACAUCAUCGAAGCCGCUGAGGGAUCUGUGGCAUGUAUCGAUGGGAACCAGGCCGCAGCUCACGUUGCCUACGCCUUCAGUGACUGCGCCUUCAUUUAUCCCAUCACGCCCAGUUCUCCCAUGGGAGAGAUGGUGGAUGAGUGGUCCGCGCAAGGCAAAGCGGCCAAGGGCCUCAUCAACUGCUACGGCCAGAAGCUGAGCGUCACCGAGAUGCAGAGUGAAGCUGGUGCCGCUGGCGCCUUGCACGGUGCCUUGAAGGCAGGCGCCUUCAGCACCACUUUCACCGCCAGCAACUUGGGCCUUGAAAGCGGCCAGGGAUGGCCAGGGGGUCAGGUGGUGGAGGUUUUUGUGGGUGGUCAGGGCUUGCUGUUGAUGAUCCCGAACAUGUACAAGAUUGCGGGUGAGUUGCUCCCUUGCGUCAUGCACGUGGCUGCUCGUGCGUUGGCAGGACAGGCGCUGUCCAUCUUUGGAGAUCACAGUGAUGUCAUGGCUUGUCGUUCAACGGGCUGGGCGCAGCUGGCUUCAGAAUCUGUGGAGAUGGCACAGGUCAAUGCCAUCGUGGCCCACCUUGUUUCAAUGGAACGCCGAGUUCCCGUGCAGCACUUCUUUGAUGGUUUCCGCACCAGUCACGAGGUGAACAAAGUCAAGUUGAUUGACUACAACACCAUGAAGACUUUUAUCAAUUGGGAGGCUGUCAAAGAGCAUCACGAUUUGGCCAUGAACCCUCGGCAUCCUCACGUCCAGGGCACUUCGCAAGGGCCUGACAUCUUCUUCCAGUGCGUGGAGGCUGGCAACAGCUUCUAUGAUGGGUUGGCCGAUCUUUUUGAAGAGAAGGGGAAGAUGAUUCAAGAGAAGACUGGUUUGCACUUCGCCCUCUACGCCUAUGAAGGCCACCCCGAGGCAAAACACGUGAUUGUGGUUAUGGGCAGUGCAGCAGUGACUUGCGGAGAGACUGCCAGUUUCUUGUCCAAGCACAAGGGACAACGCGUGGGGGUGUUGAAGGUUCGUCUUUUCCGACCUUGGGACAGUUCCCGCUUUUUGGCAGCUUUGCCAACAACCACCGAGCGCAUUUGCGUUCUGGACCGCACCAAAGAGCAGGGCUCGCAGGGUGAACCACUGCUUCUGGAGGUGUCUUCGAUGUUGCAUGCCAGCGCUCACUCCGAAAUUGUGGUGAUUGGAGGCCGCUAUGGGCUUGGUUCCAAGGAGUUUACGCCCAACAUGGUUCUCUCAAUCUACGAAAAUCUAGCCCAGGAGAGCCCCAAACCACGCUUCACUGUGGGCAUCAACGAUGACGUGACCUUCCUGUCGUUGCCAGUGGGCCCAUGGCUCAACGUGCUUCCAGAAGGCACCACUGAGUGCAUGUUCUAUGGACUCGGAAGUGACGGAACCGUGGGUGCCAACAAGAGCGCAGUGAAGAUGAUUGCGAUGGGCACGCAGCUUCAUGCUCAGGCCUACUUCGAGUACGAUGCCAAGAAAAGCGGCGGCGUGACCAUCAGCCACUUGCGCUUUGGUCCCAAGCCCAUCCAUGCUCCCUACAAUGUGCGCGCCGCGGACUACCUGGCUGUCCACAAGCAAAGCUACGUGAACAGCUAUGACAUGACACGGUACUUGAAGCAGAACGCCGUGUGCGUCAUCAACUGCUCCUGGGACAAGAGUGAGUUGGAGAAGCAGCUGCCAGCCAAGAUGCGCAAGGAUUUGGCUGAGAAGCAGGCCAAGCUCUUCAUCAUUGAUGCCACCAAGAUUGCGGUGAAGGCGGGACUUGGAAAGCGCAUCAACAUGAUCAUGCAGACGGUCUUCUUCAAGCUCAGCGCAGUGAUGCCUUAUGAAGAGGCUGUGGAGAUGUUGAAGAAGAGCAUCAAGAAGAUGUACGGCAAGAAGGGCGACAAGGUGGUGAAGAUGAACAUCGAUGGCGUGGAUGCCUCCAUUGAGGGCAUUGUGCAGGUGGACAUCCCUGCAGCCUGGGCCUCUUUGGACCUUGGCUCUGAGGCCACCGAUGCCAAGAAGCAGAAGGUGGCCUAUGGUAAGGGGCCAAGGAUGUUCCCAGAGGUGCAAGAUGCGGACCAGUUUGCCAAACAAGUCCAGUCGCCCUGCAACAACCUCGAUGGCAAUGCACUUCCAGUGAGUGCCUUCGUGCCCGGUGGCCGAGUGCCAUGUGGUACAAGUCAGUACGAGAAACGUGGUAUUGCCAUCAACGUGCCCAAGGUUGACAUGGACAAGUGCACUCAGUGCAACAAGUGCAGUCUCAUCUGCCCCCACGCGGCAGUGCGACCAUUCCUGGCCACCGGACAAGAGCUCGCAAAGGCACCAGCAGCUUUCAAGGAUGGCAGCCGUUCCGCAAUUGGAGGUGGUGUCUUGGACAACUACCAGUACCGCAUCCAGGUCUCCCCAUGGGAUUGCACAGGCUGUGAAUUGUGUGUCCGCAUUUGCCCUGCUGAUGCAUUGACCUUGGGACCUGCAGAGAAGGUCAUUCAGGAAGAGGAAGCCAAUUGGAACUUCGCAGUGACCCUCCCAGAUCGUGGUGAUGAAAUUGACAAGACCACUGUGAAGGGCUCCCAGUUCCAGAAGCCGUAUCUCGAGUUCAGCGGGGCCUGUGAAGGAUGUGGUGAGACUCCUCAUGUGAAGCUCAUGACUCAGCUUUUCGGUGAUCGACUCGUCAUAGCCAAUGCGACAGGCUGCUCCUCCAUCUGGGGUGGCUCCAAUCCGUCCUUCCCCUACACGACCAACACCAAGGGCGAGGGCCCUGCUUGGGCCAACUCGCUCUUCGAAGACAACGCCGAGUUCGGCUUUGGCAUGCGAAAGGCCUUCAAGCAGCGUCGCGAUUACCUUGCGAUGCAAGUUGAGGACACCCUGAGCGACAAGGCGGUGACGAUGUCAGAUGACCUGCGACAAGCCUUGAACCAGUUCUUGGUGAUGCGCAAGGAGAACAUGCAUGACUUGCUCUUGCCAAAGGGUCGCAGUAUUUAUCACCAGAUCAUGGAAAAGUUGGUGCCAUUGCUGGAAAAGGAGAAGGGCGAUCAUCCAAAAAUCCACAAUCUCUACGAUUUGGAAGACAUGUUCGGCCGCAGCAGCUUCUGGAUUGUUGGCGGAGACGGCUGGGCCUACGACAUCGGCUAUGGUGGCUUGGACCACGUCAUUGCCAGUGAGGAACAUGUGAACAUCUUGGUGCUUGACACGGAGAUGUACAGCAACACUGGUGGACAGGCAUCCAAAGCAACACCAAAGGGAGCCAUGGCAAAGUUCGCUGAGGGUGGAAAGCUGACGCAGAAGAAGGACAUGGGACAGUUGGCCAUGACCUACAAGAACGUCUACGUGGCCAGCAUUUGCGUUCAUGUCAACCCACAGCAAGCAGUCCGCGCUAUGAUUGAGGCUGACGCCUAUCCGGGACCAAGCAUCAUCCUUGCAUACAGCCCAUGCAUCAGUCAAGGUUUCCCCAUGGCCGAGUCCAUUCAGCACUGCCAGAUGGCAGUGGACAGCGGCUACUGGCCUCUUUACCGAUACAACCCGGAGUUGGCAGCACAUGGCAACAAUCCGUUCCAGCUCGAUAGCCGCAAGAUCAAGGGCGAUCUGUUCAAGUUCCUUGCCAAGGAGAACCGCUUUGCAGCAGUGAUGCGUCGCGAUCCUAAGCAUGCAGAGGAGCUUGACAACAAGUUGCAAGAGAACCUGGUUCAGAAGAACCAUUUGCUUCAGGUUUUGAACAAAGAGGAUUUGGAAGGGCAAUUCAGCAAGCUGGUGGAAGGCCUUUCGGAUGCCAAGAGCUCUGGAGAUUCAAUCACUGUGCUGUACGGCAGUGAGAGUGGCAAUGCCGAGGAGCAGGCUAAAAAUCUGAUGCAAGAUUUGAUUGCUCGUGGUUUGAAGGCGACGGUGAGCUCGCUGGAUGACUUUGAAUUUGAGGAGCUGCCCAAUCAGAAGAUCAUGAUUUUGGUCGUCUCCACAUGUGGAUUGGGAGAGUACCCAGCCAACUGCAAGCAGACUUGGCUGAAGCUGCAGUCGGCAGACUUGCCAAUGUCUUGGCUGUCAGGUGUGAAGUUCUGCGUCUUUGGCUUGGGCGACUCAACCUACAGCCAGUUCUGUGUGGCUGCAGCAGGCUUUGAUACGCGCUUGGGUGAGCUUGGUGGUCAGCGCAUGCUCAAGCGCGGUGUGGGAGACGACCGUGAUGAGGAUCGCUACUACACUGGAUGGGAAGCCUGGUUGCCAGAGCUUUGGAAGGUCCUCGGAGCCCCAGCCCUGCCACUGAGCCAGGACAUUCCAGCCCCAUCCUACAGAGUUGAUGCCUCUCCAGGUACUCUGGGAAAGCCACCUGUGAGUGACGGCGACAUCAUCCCACCUGGUGCCAACCGACUCACUUUGCUCACGAACAACGUGCUGACUGGUGAUGCCAAGUAUGAUCGAGACAUUCGUCACUAUGAAUUUAAGAUCGAGGGCACCAACGUAUCUUACAAGACUGGUGAAAGUCUGGCCAUCUGGCCGCGCAACCCAGAGGACAAGGUCUUGGAAUUCUGUCAAAUGAUGGGCUUUGACCCUGCGCAGAACCUGAGAGUCCUUCCUUUGGAAGGAGCCCGCAACUGGUGCCCUACAGAGCUGAGUGUGCGACAGCUUUUCUCCCAUGUGCUUGAUAUUUUCGGAAAGCCGAACCGAAAGUUCUACCAGACUCUUGCGCUCUUUGCAAAGGAUGAGGGUGAAAAGAAGCAGCUGCAAAGCAUUGUCGAGAAUAGCAAGGAGGGAGCUGCCCUCUAUCGCGACCUGACCCAAGACUUUGCACACCAUGCAGAUGUUCUGCAGAAGUUUGCAAGCGCCCGACCUCCCAUUGAGCACUUGUUGCAGAUGAUGCCGGUGUUGAAACCCAGGAGCUACUCCAUUGCCAGCUCUCCUUUGAUGCAUCCGGACAAGAUCCAGCUCUGCGUGGUACUGGUUGACUGGACAGUGGAGACCACCAAUGAACUUCGACUGGGUGAAUGCACAGGCUACAUGCGUCAGCAAAAGCCCGGGGCACAGAUCAUGUGCGCCGUACGAUCCAGUGCCAUUGUUUUGCCCAAGGAGCCGGAAAAGCCAGUGAUCAUGGCAGGCAUGGGCACUGGCUUGGCACCAUGGCGAGCCGUAACGCAGGAGCGUGUGAUGCAGAAACGCAAAGGUAUCGACGUUGGAAAGUGCAUGCUCUUCUUUGGAGCCCGAUACAAGCAGGAGUGGCUGUACCGAGAGGAGUUCGAACGCUAUGAGGCCGAGGGCGUCCUGCAGAUGCACACGGCCUUCUCCCGGGAACAGGCCAGAAAGAUCUACGUGCAGCACAGAAUUGUGGAGGCUGGAAACGACGUGGCAGAAAAGAUGCUGAACCAAGGAGGUCACUUCUAUGUCUGUGGCUCCGCGCGACAAGUGCCGGAAGACAUCUACACAGCCAUGAAGGAGGUGAUGAUGGCCCACGAAAGAUGUGGGGAGGAAGAUGCGGAAGCAAUUUUGUCAAAUUUGAAGAUGGAGGGACGUUACACCGUUGAGGCGUGGUCCUAGAUGUUUUGUGAGGCUGGUGCGUGGCACCAAUCCUUGUUUCGCGUUUCGAAGUCCUGUUGAGGAAAGAAUAUGGCUCGCAGGAUUUCUAGAAUUUGCGAACGGCAAGGCCGUUUUUGUGCAGAUCUUCGCUUGAAUGCUGGGCCGAGGUUUCGGCUUGUAAGCAAAGCUGGGCUUGGUCCAUCUACACUCCCCUUGAACGGAACAUGUGUGUUGAAG